UUUAUCUCAUUCUGCUGCAAUAUUCCCACUGUCAUAAUCUUUUAUGGCAGUGUAAUUAUUCUAGUAAUAAUCUUAUAACUUUGUGGCGAAAAAAAAGAGAGAGUUGCAGGUUUUAGACAUUAAGGAAGGAGAGUGCUGUGCUGUAGUAUUAUUAAGAUAUUAAUGGUGAUUGUGCUCCUUUACAGUGAGCCUGUGGAAAUGGAGUGGAGCUGACACUGCAAUUUUGUUUGGAUGGUGCCUUGGUCUGAAUGAUUUAUUUGUUUUUGCAGGAGCUCUUGCAGUGUUUGAACACUAUAGUAGGACUGAAUGGAUUCAUUACACUAUGUAACACAAUUUUUGUUCCUGGGUAGUAAGUGUUAUUUCCUAAUUGCUUAUGUCUCAAAAGUAUAGAAAAUGGCUAUUAUUCCCCACAAACUUUGCUUUGGUGACCAGGACAGUGAUAUUUUGAAAUGUACCUAUUUCCAAUGAGAAAACGGGCAAAUUUGUGUCUUUUCGUUCACAUAAAGUCAGAAAAAAACAACAUAUGAAUCCAAAUUAACAUGUAUUUAUACUAAAGUAAUACAAAAAUGAUUACAAAAGAUUUAGAAGUGAGUAGUCUUUUUGGUUGGGGUAGUAUGGGUUUCUCUCCUCAGCUCCACCUCUGAAAUUGUCAUCUGGAUCUACAACGUCUUCCUCGCUCUCUGACUUGCUGCUCUCUUCUAAAGACGUCUGCUCUCUCUCCGGAGGAGUGGGUACGGGGAGCUCAUGGCAGUGUGGCACCGGGGCGAUGGAUGAAGGAAGGUCCGGAUACAUGAUAGCAGGACUACAUUGAAGCCCAUCCAGAGACCAUUGUCCUUGACCCUCUUCCAGCUAUCCGGACCCUGUUGGACCGGUGCAAGUCUUACGAGCUGAUCCACAGGAUAGAAGACCGCAUGCAAGAUGGCAGGAUCUGCUCUCCUCCCUUCAUGGUGCUUACCAGCGAGUGUGGACCAGAUACCCUGGAGCAGAUAGAGAAGCACAGACUCACAUUCCCCUUCAUUUGCAAAACCAGAGUAGCACAUGGCACAAAUUCUCAUGAGAUGGCAAUCAUUUUCAACGAGGAGGGUCUGAAGGACAUCAAGCCCCCCUGUGUGAUCCAGAGCUUCAUCAACCACAAUGCCGUGCUGUACAAGGUGUUCGUGGUGGGAGAGUCCUACACAGUGGUGGAGAGACCAUCCCUCAAGAACUUUCCAGCUGGACCUGCAGACGGAAAAACAAUAUUCUUCAAUAGUCACAACGUUUCAAAGCCAGAGUCGUCCUCAGACCUGACAUCUAGGGACAAUGUGGAAGGGGUGUCGCAGCUGCCCAACGAUGAUGUCAUCAGGGAGAUGUCGAGGUCUCUGUGCCGGGCGCUCGGGGUGUCCCUGUUUGGAAUCGAUGUGAUCAUCAACAACCAAACCGGCCAGCACGCUGUCAUUGACAUUAAUGCAUUCCCAGGUUAUGAAGGUGUACCAGAAUUCUUCAGUGACCUACUGAACCACAUAACUGCUGUGCUUCAGGGGCAAACUUCAGAGGUUUCAGCUGCUCCACACAACGGCAGCGCAGCAGAGCAGGUGGCCAGUGUUGUGGUGAACACAGCAGACCGAGGCAGUGGCACUCCCACAGGCUGCUGCAGCAUGCUGGGAAAAGACGCCAAUCCCUGGAUUGUGGAGGGAGACAGUGGCGGCAAGAAGGCCUCGCACCAGAGACUAGGCUGCAACUCGGCCAUGUCGCCCAAUUUCCAGCAGCACUGUGUGGCCACGCUGGCUACAAAAGCUUCUUCCCAAUGACCAGUUUUCCAAGAGAUAUAUAGAAAGAAACGAAAAAAAAACAGACCACCUGAUGCUGAUUUUAGGAGUUUAUUUUUUUUUAUAUACAGUUAAGACAGCCUCUCUUUCCCAUCACUUUUACAAAUCAUUGUGACUCACUUCAUUGCCCAAAGGAUAAGCGACUAAUUUAUCGUGUCAGUCCAGUGCACUUUUUUGUGGAAAAGGUUGAGAUUGCCGUUUGAAAAGUAAACAUAGAGUGCAUUAUGUACACAUCUAUGACAAAAUGAUGCGUACAUGUAUUUUUUUGUUUUGUUUUAUUUUUAGGUAUAGAGUAUAUUUACAAUUUUUAAAGAAAUUGACAUUGUAUGGUGGAAAAUGUUGGGUAUUUGCUACCCAGGACACAUGUAAAAUUAACAUAAAAAAGGGGAAACCGAGACUUUGAAAUGGAGGCAGCAGAGUAAGAGUCAUUUAAAAAACUAAAAUAGUAAAGGAGAGCGCUCAUAAUUCACCAAAACCCUUGAAUUUGAGAUCAAAUUCUUUGCCGUUUUGAUAAUAGAUUUGCAGUUGCCUUUUCCUGUUCUUUCAGAUUAAUCUUUUGACUAGGUACCUUGAUGUUGCUAUGACAACAUGGAACGUGUCACUGUUUUAGCCCUUAUAUCGGUCAGAUCGUGUAUCUGGUACAUUAUACCAGACAAAAUACAUUUUAGUUCUUCAGGCAAAGAUACAAACAUAAAAAAUGGCAAGAAAAGCUAGGAGUUUUUAAUUGAGGUUGUUUUCAGGGUUAGUUUGGAGAUUUUCAAGGAAUUAUGAAAGUGUUCACUUAUUUAAAAAAUCUAUUAAUGCUUUGUUGUGCAAUUUGAUUUACUGUACAACAGAACUCCUAGUGUUUCUUACCCACAAGAGAGGAAAAUAUAAUUCCUUUUUUGAACUGAUAAUUCCAACAGCAUUUAAAUAUUGUCUUAAUGGUCUGUAUUUCAGAUAAGGGGCAUUUUUUUAAUAUUCCAUGAGGUAUGUUUGUUUUGCGUUAAAAGAAAAACUCACUCUAUUUUGGUUUGCAUCAAUUAAUAUAUACUGUAUAUUUAGAAAUUAAGUUGAUUAUUAUAAUUUUUUUUUUUAGAUUUGGGUGCAGAAUAAAGGCUUAUCAGCAAUCCUGAUGGGAACAGAGCAUUAGUUUGUGUCUGCGUGUGUUAUUGGCUUGAUACAGGUCGAAGUGCGGCUACUCUCGACAGAGAAAAAACAAGGAUAAUGAAAUGAUUAUUCCAUGCGUGUACUGUACGCUCACUGAAAUAAUUUGAUUGUUGAAAUGAGAGGAACAUUCUGUUCUAGAUCUAAUUUAGUAUUUCACAUAUUUUUUAAUAAUUAUUUAGUUGGAAUAGGUAAGUGUAUAUGGGUGAUAUAAAUGCUAGUAUUUUAACAAUGAGUUGAUAGGCCUGAAGAACAAACAAUGUAUGUUGUCUUGUUGGGAUUUAAAUUUGAUGGUCGGGGGGGGGGGGGGGGACAAA